UUAAGCUCGAUACAAACCUAGUCAAAGAGUUCAGUCCAAUUGUCCCCUGCCAAACGCGUAGGAUUGCGCGUGGUUCGAGAAGAAGUUUCCACUCUGCUCUAAUCGCCUCCACUGCACACACAAGAAUGAUUAUUAAUGAAUAGAGUCCGACUUCAUUAAAUAGCCGCACCAUUCGCACCAUUGUUGUAUCAAUAUCAUCCCUCCAUAGGCCCUUCCUCAUACGUACCACUAACAUAAUGUCGGUGGAAGAAUUGUAUCAAUCAAUUACAAAUAGAUUGUUCGUGAAAGGAUUGAAUCAAUUAUUGCUAGCUGUUGCACUCCAGGUUUUAGCACUGAUUGUUGAAGGGUUGGCAGGAUGGUUUUUGUCGAUUGCCAGCAGGAUUUUCUUAGGGAUUUUCUCAUGGAUUUUCUCGUUUGCAAGAUGGAUUUUCUCCUGCAUUGGAAAAUUUUGCAGCAGGCGUGGGUCAUCUUUUCAGCCUUCAUCUUCGAAGACAAGCUUACCCAUUCCAGAAGUAACUGUUCCAGAAGCACCUCUUUCAGAACUAUCCGUUCCAGAAUUACCCAACAAUCCCGUGGGUUUGGAUCAUCAAGUAUGGGAGUUGAAAAGACGGUUGUUUGAAAAUCGUUUUAACAAGGUGGGAGUGAGCGCAAUGGGGGGCAGUGGCAAAACAACCUUGGCAGCUGCUCUCUGCAGGGAUCCUCAAGUCAAAGCAUAUUUUGGAAACAAGAUCAUUUUUCAAAAAGUUUCACAGUCUCCAGAUAUUCAGAAUAUUCUUGAGAGCAUAUGGGUGGGAAUUACUGGAGAACUAGAGCCUAAUUUUCAGAGCAUUCAAGAUGGUCGCAGAAGGCUUAAUGAAUGGCUUAGUAGCAAGGAGCCACAAAAUAUUCUUGUUGUGCUAGAUGAUGUGUGGCCAGAAGACAGUAAUCUGCAAUAUUUGUUGUUUGAAGCGAAGGGAUACAAGACUGUUGUUACAGCGAGGCACACUUUCAGAUGGCUUGACGACACUUAUGAUCUACCUUUACUCAGAGAGAAAGAUGCUCUGUCCCUGUUUUGUUAUGAGGCCUUUGGGCAAAAAAGCAUUCCAGAUAGAGGAUAUAACAAGACACUAGUGAAACAGGUAGCAGCAAAAUGUCAAGGAUUACCACUUGCAUUGGUGGUGAUUGGGCGUUCUCUAUAUAAAAUGAGCGAUGAUGCAUACUGGGAACAUGCCCGAGACAAGCUUUCAGAGGGAGGAUCAAUUGAUCAAGCUCAUGAAGAGGGGGUUCUCAAGAACCUGGCUGUCAGUAUAGAAAUGCUUGAUGAGAAAAUGAAACAAUGCUUUUUGGACUUGGCAUUGUUUCCAGGAGUGAAAAAAAUCCCUGUUGAUAUGUUAUUCGAUAUUUGGAUUUAUGCUCACAACUUAAAACAGAGCCAUGCUCGUAAGAAUCUGCUUGAACUCGAAAGACGAAGGCUAUUGAGCCUUGUAAAUAAUAAUAUAGGAGAACAUCUAGGGAUUAAUGAAGGCAGCACUUGUGAACUAUAUGUAGUUCAACAUGAUGUUUUGCAAAGCUUGGCUAUUUAUUUGGCGGAGCGAAACCAACCUGCAAACAUAUGCAGAAGGCUGAAAUUAGAUCCACUCUGUAGCUGGGAAAACCACUCACAUGAAAAUAUCAAAGCUGCUGAGAUUAUUGCUAUUCGCACAGGUCCAAAGAAAGAGAAUCGAUGGCCUGAGGUGGAGUUUCCAAAGGCCCGGGUUCUUGUAUUAAUAUUUGCUGGAAAUGAAGUUUUUCUUCCUGCAGUUGUGCAGACAAUGCUUGAAUUGAAAGUUCUCAUUAUAUUCAACAUGAAUUCGACAAACACUAAACUUUGUGGUAUGUCAGCCUUUGGUUCCUUGACUCGACUGAAAUGUCUUCAUCUUGAAAAACUGACUGUCCCUCCACUUCAAGAUUAUUGCUGCUGUUUAAAAAAUCUCAGAAAACUAUCAUUGUGUUUUUGCAAAAGUGAUAAUGAAGCAUUAGACCUAGAGGUGUGUUCACAGCUGAGUGCACUAGAAGAGAUUAAUGUUAGCUACUGUAUGGAUAUCAAGGAAUUGCCUACUAGCAUUUGUGAUUUAGCUUCCCUAGAAAAACUAACUAUCACAAACUGCCAUGAGCUUGACAAGAUACCUGGAAAUCUCGGGGAGGUUGGAGGAUCUCUGGUAAGGCUGACGUUGGGUGCUUGUCCGGCACUCGAAGAAUUGCCCGACUCAAUUUGUAAGCUUGGAAAGCUAGAAUUCCUUGACAUUUCAGAUUGUCAGUGCUUGGAGACACUUCCGUCGCAAUUUGGUAAUCUAAGCAAACUACAAUAUCUUGACAUGAGGGAGUGCAAAAAAAUUAUGAGAAUUCCUCAAUCGGCUAGUGGGCUUACAUCUUUGCGGCGUGUGAUCUGUGAUGAUAAUUUGGCGAGUCAAUGGUCUGGCCUCCUUCCUAAUAUUGAAGUGACAAUUGCAGAACAAAAAUUCGAUUUGAAGUGGCUGGAAUGAUAAUUUUGCUUCAGCAAUCAGUUCUACAGGGAGUUCGAUAUCAAGACCAGAAAGAAAAGAAAGUAAUUGUCUAAUGUGUUUAGUAAUUUUAUUUAUUUAUUCUUACCGUGGAGUUUGAAACAAAGACCAAAAAAGGUUUAGGAAAAAGUGAUGUGUAAUAUAAGUUAAAGGGAUUUAACUGGCUGCUGUUAUUGUAAGAAAAGUAUAAUUUAUAUAAUUGCUUUGAAAUAUACUAAAAAAAAAAAUUU